UGUAAACUUGAGUGCAUGAGCAGCCACACAUAACGCCGAGGACAUUGCUUCCUUCGUUCACCUGAAGUUAACGGGAGAGAUGCCUGGUUGCUGCAUCUCCCAUGAAUUCUUCAUCUCCGCUACCAAGGAUCCCCGUCGCGUCGCCAUCGUGCAAGCCGACGGCGGUCUAUUCAGGGACUCCCGUGCGAGGCUAAAGGAGGCAUCUUCCUCCUCGUCCACCCCCGUCGCCAUAUCUAGUUUUGACCUCAACUUCGACGCCGACUGCAUAUCCUCUUCUCCUCGAUUAUUUCCUGGCGAUGAGUGCUUCACUUACGAGGAACUCCUGUCCGCGGUUGAUUCUCUUAGCCGUCGCAUUCGCUUUGUCCUGGACGGCGGUGAUGCUGCCCAUCAUCUGAAUCAUCCAGGUUAUGCUGAUUAUUCUCCUUAUGGGUUCGACCUUGGAGAAUUUGAUGGGCUUGGUCUUCCUUCCACGAGUUAUGUGCCUCGUAUAGUUGGAGUGCAAAUUGGCCCGUCGGUAGAAUAUAUUGUUGCCGUCCUUUCCAUCUUAAGGUGUGGGGAGGCCUUCUUGCCAUUGGAUCCAUCCUGGCCGGAGGAAAGGAUACUUUCUGUUGUUUCUUCUUCAAGAUCCUGUCUUGUUAUUCAAGUGAAGGCUGAUUCCACCAUGCAAUUUGAAGGGCGCCAAAUGAAUGUUUCUAGUACUGAUUGGGUUGUUGACAGAUGUGGCACUUUGGUUUUGUAUUUUUCUAUGAAAGAAAAGUUUGUGAAGAGUGUUGCCCAGUUUACAAAUUUAGCAUGGCCAUGUGAGAGCAAUAGACAGAGAAAGUUUUGUUAUUUGAUGUACAGUUCUGGUUCAACUGGAGAGCCUAAGGGUGUAUGCGGUACAGAAUUAGGUCUUCUUAACAGAUAUUGGUGGAUGCAAGAUCAGUAUCCGAUAUCCCGGGAGGAUGUUCUGUUGUUCAAGACGUCUAUCAGCUUUGUUGACCAUCUUCAGGAGUUCCUUGGUGCUAUUAUGGCGGGUGCUUUGCUUGUUAUUCCUACCUAUCAAAAGCUGAAAUAUCCUGAAUAUGCUAUUGAUUUUGUUAAGGCAUAUGGCAUUUCCAGGCUUACUACUGUUCCAUCUCUAUUGAGGGAGCUUUUUCUUUCUUUUGAUAUUUCACUGUGUGCGCAGUUUUUCAACUCAUUGAAAGUAUUGAUCUUUAGCGGGGAAGUUUUACCCAUAUCUUUGUGGAGAGACUUGCGUGAUCAUUUACCCCAAACCACCAUCUUAAAUUUAUAUGGAAGUACAGAGGUUGCUGGUGAUUGUGCAUUCUUUGAUUGCAAAAAGAUGACAAAUAUUUUGGAAGCUGGGCAGCUAAGUAGCGUACCAAUUGGACAACCUAUAUCUAAUUGUGAAAUUAAUCUUCUUGACAAAAAGAGCGAAGAUAAUGUCGGUGAAAUAUGUGUUACUGGGAUGUGCUUAUUUGCGGGAUACCUUGGUGAGAUUUCUGACGAGCAGCCACUAAAUGAUGGCUGUGCUCCCUUGCAUUUCAAAACUGGUGAUAUUGCUAGGCGUCUCCCGAGUGGUGAUUUUGUCUUCCUUGGAAGAAAUGAUCGUAUUGUUAAAGUCAGAGGACAACGUAUCGUGUUGGAGGAGAUUGAAAAUGUGCUAAGGGAGCAUCCAGACAUAAGAGAUGCUGCAGUAAUUUUUGAAAACACCAAUGGAAACUGUGACCUUGUUAAGGCUUUCUUUGUUGUUAAAGCAAUUAAUGAGUGUUCUGAAGGUGUAACCUGUGUAAAUAAAUAUGAAAACGAGGAGCUGAUUGCAUCCAUUAAAAGUUGGUUAUUGAGAAAAUUACCGACAGCGAUGUUGCCGGCCAUUUUUGUUCAAACAGAAAUGCUGCCCAAGUCUUUCUCUGGCAAGGUAGACUACUCAAAGUUAGGAAGUUCAAGAUACCUGGCAAAGCGGCUUAGGAGGGAUUAUGAGGGAAACAUUUCUGAUAAUCAUCGUUUGCAAGUUAUCAAAAAGGUUAUUUUCGGUCUUUUAUUUCCCAGGGUCCGUAUUAUUUGACAAAUCUAUAAUUUUAGCCUUAAUUCACUUCACUUCAUU